AUGGACGCCUCCAAGUUCUCCAACUUCACCAUCGACUACAUCCUGGGCGAAAACACUCACACGCCUCACACGCAGCCAGUGGUGCAGAGUCCUGGAGCUGCGCAGGUCUUCAGAGGAGACUUCAGUGAAAUGAACCUGCUGCCAUCGAGCGGCUUCAACUCUCAGACCAGAGGGGGCGCUAUGAUGGGUCUUCAGCCUCCGUGCCCGGGAAUCUACGACCUAGCACCUUAUUACAACACCUUCAACUGCUGUGGACCGGUCACUUACUAUCAAGCUAACUUCAACAUGAACUGCUACGGCAGUGAGCGGUGGUUUCACCCCCAUCCAGAUUGCGACAGAGAGGAAGCCCACUGUUACCAGAGUGGUCAACAGAGGCAGAGGAACAGGAUAAGAACCGUGUUCACAGAGAACCAGACGAAGCAGCUCGACCAGCUCUUCUCCAUCACCGAGUACCCGAGUGUGGAGGCCCGGGCAGAGCUAGCCAGAAACACCGGCCUCAGCGAGGAGACAGUCCGGGUGUGGUUCAAAAACCGUCGUGCAAGGAGGAAAAGACAGAAGCCCUCAAGUGACCCUCCCCAAACGGACCUGGCGUGAGCUGCUGUUUUGUACACACA